AGCUUUUGAUUAGAGUGUAGGUGGUUGAUUAUGGCCAUUGAUUUUAUUAUUAUUGUAUCGUCUUAGUGCACAGAGCAACGCACGAUUUGCAUACGCCAUGAGGAAUGAAACGGAGAAACCUCACCCGACUUUCGCACAGAACUGCCGUUCGUACGUCUCGGAGUGCUGCUCCAACUGCAGCGUGCACGGAUUCAAGUUUUUGGGCGAGAGAAACCGCAACAUCUUUGAAAGAAUCCUGUGGCUGACUACCCUGAUCGUUUGUAUAACUUUGUGCGCCAGUACGAUAUUGCAAGCCUACCACAAGUGGCAGAGGUCUCCGGUCGUCGUCUCGUUCGCCACCACCGAAACCCCGGUUUGGGACAUUCCGUUUCCGGCCGUUACCAUUUGCCCUGAAGCAAGAGCGGAGAGGAGUAUUGUUAACUAUACUGACUUGGUGCUGAUGGUGAGACGUGGGGAACAGCUGAGUCGACAACAGAGGCAGGAUCUCAGCUACAUCUCCCAGAUAUGCUCGCACGACUGGGAGGACGAGGUCGGCGAGGAAGAGGAUUUUUUAACGGAGGACUUUUACGAGUUUCUUUUUAAUGUGAAGCCAAACGUUGACCAUGCCAUCAGCGAAUGUGUGCUGUUUGGAAAAAGCUGUACUAAGGAUAUUCGCGCCUUGUUUACUCCCAUAGUGUCACCAGAUGGCGUUUGCCUCUCUUUCAAUUUGCUAGAUAGAAGAGACGUCUUCGAAGAUAUUGUGGCGACCAAUUAUUACACGAACCGCGGUAUACCUCACCAAAAGCGCUCCAAUUGGACCUUGGAGAGGGGAUACAGUGCAACGGAUGACAAUGACGUGAUGCCACGUCGUACUUUUGUGCCCGGAAUCGCGGGCGGUCUUCAGCUGACGUUGUGGGUUGAAUCAAAGAACGUCGAUUAUGUUUGCAGUGAUGCUCUUCAAGGCUACAAGAUUAUCCUCCACAGCCCGUCGCAAUUUCCGUUUACGGAAGGAAACUUCAUUCGCGUGGGACUGAAUCAGGUCUUGGUUGCGUCAGUCAAACCGAUUAUGGUGAUGACCUCGAAGCGACUUAGAAGCUACCACCCAGACAAUCGGGAGUGCUACUUCAUGGAGGAAAGGAAACUGAAGUUCUUCAAGAAGUACGAUCAAAACAACUGCAUCCACGAGUGUCUCGCAAACUACACGUUGCAUAGUUGCGGGUGCGUCCCAUUCGAAAUGCCACGGAUAAAUUCGACACCGAUCUGUGGUCGUGCCAAAAGGGAGUGUGUCAGAAACGCCUCAGCGCUAUUUUUGGUGAACAAGAACGUAAAGAUCUUGGAUAAUGUCAACGAGCCCAAUUUCGUGGAGAAAUGCGACUGCCGCCAAACUUGCAGCUCGAUACGUUACGAGACGGAAAUCUCCCAAACGGAAUGGAGGUGGAAAAGGAUGGAGAGGACAUUGCACCAUAACGGAACACGAAAGAAAUUGAACGACGAAUACUCAAAGAUUCAGAUCUUCUUCAGAGAUUUGCAAUUUAUCACAUCGGAGAGGCAGGAGCUUUACGGCCUGAUGGAUUUCCUGUCGAGCUGCGGAGGCUUGCUCGGGUACUGGAAACCGCUAUUAGAUGCUACGUCUUGAAGACUCGUACAAGAAACUUGGUCACCGUAGUAGUCUCGUACGCAUAUCUGUGUUGAUUGUAGAAC